AUGGCUGAGGACAAAGAGCAACCUGUCAAAAUAUCAACUGAAAACCAGACCGAUCAGCCCACGGCACAUGACAGCGAGUACCCCGGCAUAUGGUCCCUGGUGGCCAUUAUGGUGGCACUGUACCUGGCCAUUUUCCUCGUCGCUCUGGAUCGGACCAUCAUCGCCACUGCGAUUCCGCGCAUCACCGACACUUUUCAUGCUCUGGACGACAUCGGCUGGUACGGCAGCAGCUACCUGCUGACAAGCUGCUCGUUCCAGCUGCUGUAUGGCCGUUUCUAUACUUUCUAUUCCCCCAAGUGGGUGCUUCUGUCAGCCAUCGCCUUGUUCGAAAUCGGCUCGGCCGUAUGCGGCGCGGCCCCGAAUUCAACGUCCUUCAUCAUCGGGAGAGCGAUUGCCGGGUUGGGUUCCUGUGGUAUCUUUUCCGGUGCUAUCGUGGUCACCGCGAGCAGUGUUCCGCUGCAGAAACGGCCCAUGCUCACGGGAUUCAUGGGUGCUAUCUUUGGCGUCGCCUCUGUCGUCGCUCCGUUGAUGGGGGGAGCCUUCACCGAUCGAGUGUCGUGGAGAUGGUGCUUCUAUAUCAAUCUCCCUAUUGGCGCUGUGGCAGUCCUGAUCAUCGUACUCAUCCUCAAAGCGUCCCCACCACCGAAUCCAAGCGCGGCCUCGACCACCCGGGAACGUCUUGCUCAGCUGGAUCCCCUGGGGACCUUGUGUUUCCUUCCUGGAAUCGCCUGUCUCCUGCUCGCUUUGCAGUGGGGCGGCUCGAAAUAUGCCUGGGACAACGCACGCAUCAUCGUUCUCUUCGUUCUCUUUGGCGUACUCAUGAUUCUGUUCGUGGCGAUCCAGAUCUGGAAGCAGGACACCGCCACGGUGCCUCCUCGAAUAAUAAAACAGCGGUCUGUGGCAUUCGGUUUCUGUUUCACCAUAUGCGUCGCAGGUUCAAUGAUGCUGUUCGUUUACUAUCUCCCUAUCUGGUUUCAGGCAAUCAAAGGCGUGAGCGCUGUCAAAUCCGGAAUCAUGAACAUCCCCGUUGUCCUGUCUCUCGUCCUGGGUUCCAUCAUAGCCGGAGUAUCCGUCAGUCGUAUGGGUUAUUAUGUGCCUUUCAUGUAUGCGAGCACCGUCAUCAUGUCGAUUGGCGCAGGGCUUCUCACCACCUUCACAACCACGACUGACCACCAGAAGUGGAUUGGCUACCAAGUCGUAUAUGGCUUUGGAUUGGGCCUUGGGAUGCAGCAAGCCAGUGUGGCAGCUCAGACUGUCCUUGAGAAAAAGGAUAUCCCGACUGGUGCAGCGCUGAUGAUGCUGGCGCAGUCCCUUGGCGGUUCCAUCUUCCUAUCGAUUGGUGAGACUGUUUUCACAAAUGGCCUCAUCGCGCAUCUCCAAGAGGCGCUGCAUGGUCAGAACGGGGAUGAUUUUGCCCACCUGGUUGCAAACACAGGAGCAACCGAUCUUCGCAAUGCCAUCGAUCCCAAAUUCCUACCGCUCGUGUUGAAGGCCUAUAACGCCGCUGUGACGAAGACAUUCACCGUGGCUCUGUGUUUGUGCUGUAUCUCACUUCUGGGAGUUCUUGGGGUCGAAUGGAAGAAUGUCAAGGGAGAGAAGCAAGAAAAGGGUGCAGCUGUUUGA